AAAAAAAAUAUCUAUCAAGUGCCGCUAUUCUGAUUGUAAUUAACUGAAGUUGAAAAAAAAUGAAAGCUCACAAUCUAGAUCAAAAGAUACGAGGAGUCAUAAUGCUAGUUUCAUUCAUUAUGGCAUCCAUACUCGUCGAAGGUGCUGUUAUCAACAGGGAAGGAGGUGAGGAUCAUGGUGAAGGUCACAGCAGACACAGACGUUCACUGUUGCGAUCUUUCCUAGGUGAUGAUGAAGGACAUUUUGGAAGAUCCGAUCUUAUUCGUAAACCUCUAAACAUUGUAGAGGGAUUUUUAGGACAUGACCCAGUUAAAGAACCACUUCAAAUCAUAGGAGGUGGUGGUGGUGGUGGAGGCUACGCAAGUCAAAAUGGAUUUGAUCAGGGUUUCGGAGGUAACGUACGCUAUUACGUUAAUCCUAGUCAAUCAUUUGUAUAUCGUUAUCCUGGUCAGAGUUAUAUACCACAAGCAGAAACAAAUGGGCUUCAAACGAAUUUCGGUAACAACGUAGGUGUUAAUGUCAAUGCUCAACAUGAUUCGUCACUUAUUGGUCGCAUAUUUGGUGGAAAAUUCUUAAACUCAGAUUUACUCAGCCAAGGAAAUAUCAUACAGAACCUUUUAUUAAGAUUCUUUGGUCGAGGAUCAGAUUAUGCUCGUUACAAUGAACGAAUACCAUCAAUCUUAGACAAAAUACGAUUUGUUUGCAAAGAUUCCAAUAAAUUUUUGAAGAAUGGCCAUCAUGAAAGAGAGUAUGAUCUUUUGAAGAGAAACAUAGCUCUAUUAAUCUAUAUGAAACAGAAUGAUGGUGACCAAUUUUAUGAAAAAAAUCGGCACCAAUGCGAUCAGCUAUUCGAAGAUAUUAAUAGAAAUUGCGACUUGAUAAUGGGAAAUGUUCAAUUUGGAGGUUCAUCUGGUGAUGUAGCUCGUCUAAAUUUCUUGAAUCUCGGUCUAACUGGACAAUUAAGUUUUAUCAAGAAUCAAUUGUUUGGAUUACUUGGUUCUCAUAGUAAAUUAAUGCCAGAAAUCUCUCGUAAACUGAUGCACAUUAGCGAUCAUUCUGAUGUGUUCUUCAAGGACGGUCGUCAUGGGAUGGAAUAUGGAAUGGUUAUGAAAUGUAUAGGUGAUUUGUUGGCAUUGAAACAGAAAGAUGGUGACCAAUUUUAUGAAAAAAAUCGGCAACAAUGCGACCAACUAUUCGAAGAUAUUAAUAGGAAUUGCGACUUGAUAAUGGGAAAUGUUCAAUUUGGAGGUUCAUCUGGUGAUGUAGCUCGUCUGAAUUUCUUGAAUCUCGGUCUAACUGGACAAUUAAGUUUUAUCAAGAAUCAAUUGUUUGGAUUACUUGGUUCUCAUAGUAAAUUAAUGCCAGAAAUCUCUCGUAAACUGAUGCACAUUUGCGAUCAUUCUGAUGUGUUCUUCAAGGACGGUCGUCAUGGGAUGGAAUAUGGAAUGGUUAUGAAAUGUAUAGGUGAUUUGCUGGCAUUGAAACAGAAAGAUGGUGCCCAAUUUUACGAAAAAAAUCGGCAACAAUGCGACCAACUAUUCGAAGAUAUUAAUAGAAAUUGCGACUUGAUAAUGGGAAACGGUCAAUUUGGAGGUUCAUCAUUAGUUGAACAAGCAGCUGGUGGGGGAUAUGAUUCAGCUUACGCUAAUGAAGACUUGCUUGCCCAAAUUACUUCAUGGAUCCAUCAAUUUGAUGUAUUAAUUGGUCCAGGAAGACUUAAUGACCCACGUUGUUUACUGUACAAAGUCUCCGAAAAAUUACGUCAUCUCGAAAAACGCCAUCAUUUGAAACGUGGUCUUCGCCAAGAAAAGAUUAGACUUCUUAAAGAACAAAUGUCUCGGUUAUUGUCGUGGACGCAACGACGAGGAUAUGGUAAUUUAGAGUCAGACCCACAAUUCGCUCAACUCAUUAAUGAGAUCAAUAGCAACGUUGAUAACAUAGACGAUGGAAAUUCAGAUUUUGAUGGAACCCAACCUGGUUACACUCAAUAUAAGGAGCAAUUGGUUGAUGAGAAUUCAAAAGUCAAUCAGGUACCCCAUGGGCUAGAUUUGAAUCCGAGAACAUCAGCAAUAGUGAGCGAAUCAAAAACAACAGACACAGAUGUAAAAACAUCAGUCAAUAAUAAUUUAGGUGCCGAUCAAAAAUCAUUUGUUAAUUCGAAGAUAUCGGAAGAAGUUGUUGGAUCCAAUGGAGAUAUAAAACAAGCCCUAACAAACGAUCAAAAGGACUCAAAGAUAACUGCAAAAGGCGUGAAAAGAUCAGUUGAUGUGACUUCAGGUGCCGGUCAACGACCAUAUAUUGAUCCAAAGAUACUAGAAGAAGUAUUUGGAUCUAAUAGAGAAGUGACGCAAUCCUCAGAAGUUGACGAACAGGCAACAAAAGAGAUUUCUGGUGAAAGUCUAUAUCAAAGCAAUGUGAAUAAUCAAGAUGAUAAAAAGUCAACGAAAGGAGUAGAAACAAGUUCUACUGAACAUAUAGAAAAAUCUACUGAUAAUGAAAGUGUACAAAAUAAAAAUAAUAAGCAGUCUGUCAGCAAAUUCAGUAGCUCAUCAACAUCAAAUGACAAUUCUAAUGUAAAUCAAGGUUUGAAAGACAAGAAACCUGAAGAGUCAGUAAAAGUUGUAGGAAUGAAAUCUGAUGCAAGCAACGGAGAUGUAAAUAACCUAGGAUUGAUUACAGGUGGUAAUAGUGAAAGUGCUUCAUCAUCACAUAAUGAUGCUGAACAUCAAACAUACUCUGGGCUAGAUUUAGUAGGUUUAGAGCAAUCAAAAGAUAGCAGUGGACAAAAUAAAGCGGUUGAAGAAAAAAAAGUUACUAAAAAAAUUGUAGAAAUUGUAUCAAAACAAAACGAUGAAACAUCUGACCGUAAAAAGAGCCUAGGUGAUAAUAAACAUGAGAAAUUGACAGAUAAGACAUCGUCUAGUAGAAGCUACAGCACAUCAUCAUCAUCAUCUUCGAAUGAUCAAAAUUCAAAAGGAGGUGAAGAAUUAACGAAUCAUGUGCAUGUCAAUGACAAUAAGAAGAGUCGAAAUGAUAAUUCAGAAAAUAAUGGGCAUAAAGAAUAUUUGAGCCAUCAGUCGAGCAGUAGCGAUAACACGAAAACACUCAAUGAUAAUGGCAACUUAGAAAAUCAAGUUUUGAAACAAUCCAUUCCAGAUAUAAGUCAGAAGGCUCCUAAAACUAAUAAGCAGGGAAGCGAAACAAUUGAGAAAUCGAGUUGGAGCAGCUCUAGUUCGUCGUCAUCAAAUGAUCAAGAGGAUCAGAAUUCAGGACUCUCAGGCCUGAAACAAUCAGUUUCAGUCGUAAAGGAUAAGGAAGUUUCUGGAAGUAACGAACAUGAGAAUGGUUCAAAGAAACGAUCUGGUAGUUCUAGCUAUACUUCAUCAACAUCAGAUGAUGGAUCCGAAGGUCAAGAUUCGAUCGUGGAAAAAAAAGAUUUAAAUCAACCUAUUGAAAAGUCUGGAUUUAAAAAGGAUAAAAAGUCAAGUAGUAGCAGUUAUAGCUUAUCCUCAUCUAGUAAUCAAGACGACCAAAAUUCAGGAGUUGGAGAUCUACACCUAGCUGUUCCUGCGAUAGGUGACAUAGAAGUAGACAAUGGUGUUCACCUAGAAGUUCCUGUAAUAGCUGAUAUAGAUAUAGAUAAUAGUGGUAUGUCCAGGAAUAGAAAUCGUUCAAACAAGAAAAAGAGUAGCACUAGCUAUACCUCAUCUUCAUCAAGUGAUGAGCCAGAACGCGGAGAUUCGAUCAUUGAUACGCUAACUGGAGAUAUAGAACAGGAAGGAGAAUCCAAUUUAAUAAAGCCUGUUGUCAAAUUGGGAGUUACAAAAAAUAAAAAGUUAAGGAGCAGCAGGUACAGUUCGUCUUCAUCAAAUGGCGAAUCUGAAGACCCACAAGUUUCAGAAAUGACUGUAGAAGAAGAACCUGAGCAAGAUGACGAUGAUGAUGAAGAAAGAGCAAAAAGUUCUAGCAUAAAAUCGAGCAAAACCAGCUAUCGUUCAUCAUCAUCAUCAUCAAGUGAUCAGGGUGCUCAAGAUUCAGUAGUCAAAGAUCUAAAACAACUGGUUCUUGGUAAGAUUAAAAAACGACAUGAUGACAAUGGUGUAUCUAAAAAUAAACUCCAUUCUAGCAAGACCAGUAGAUCUAGCUUUAGCUCAUCAUCAUCAAAUGGUGAAUCAGAAGACGGAAAUACGGUUAUUGAUACGCUGAAUGGAGAAGAUGAACAGGAAGAAGAAGAUGAUUCGAUUAAGCAUACGAUAAAAUCAGGACUUACAAAACAUAAGAAGUCAAUCAGAACCAGCUACAGCUCGUCGUCGUCAAACGAUCAAGACGAUAACGAGAAUGGUGGAUUUAAACGACUGAAACCAUCAGUUUCAGCUAUGGUUAACAAAGGACUUAAUAGUAAUAACAUAUUAAAAGAGAAGCAUCGUGCUAGUAGUAAGACAAGUAAGACGAGGUAUAGCUCAUCCUUAUCAGAUGAUCAAAAUGAUGAUUCAGAAGAUGAAGACUCAGCUCUUGAUGAGCAAAAUGAAGAAGAGGAAAAAGAUUUGAAUAAAUCUGUUGGAAAAUUAGGAGUUACAAGGAAUAAAAAAUCAAUCAGUACCAGCUAUGGCUCAUCUUCAUCAAGUGAUCAAGAUGAUGACCAGAGUGAUGAUACGGAAGAUGAAGACUCAGCUCUUGAUGAGCAGAAUGGAGAAGAUUUAAUGAAGCCUGUUGGAAAAUCAGAAGUUACAAAGCAUAGAAAGUCAAGCAGAACCAGCUACAGCUUAUCAUCAUCAAGUGAUCAAGAUGAUGACCAGAAUGAUGAUUCGGAAGAUGAAGACUCAACUCUUGAUGAGCAGAAUAGAGAAGAUGAAGAAGAAGGGGAGUCGAAUAAAUCGACCAGAAAAUCAGGAAUUACAAAGCAUAGGAAAUCAAGCAGUACUAGCUAUAGCUCAUCUUCAUCAAGUGAUCAAGAUGAUGACCAAAAUGAUGAUACGGAAGAUGAAGACUCAGCUCUUGAUGAGCAGAAUGGAGAAGAUGAAGAAGAAGGAGAGUCAAGUAAAUCUAUUAGAAAAUCGGGAAUAACAAAGCAUAAGAAAUCAAGCAGUACCAGCUAUAGCUCAUCAUCAUCAUCAAGUGAUCAAGGUGAUCAACAUUCCGGAGUCCAAGGUCAACAUCUAAAACAAUCGGUUUCUCUGUCAAGAAACAAAGAAGUGGAUGAUGUCAAACCAUUAGAAGAUUUAAAAAGUACCAAAGAAAAAACUGAAUUAGAUAAUAAACUAUCGCUAUCACCGAUAAUAAAACUUCUCACAAUUGUUAAUGAAAAAGGUAUUGAAACACUGACUUCGGCGCAGAAAAAAGUUCUUUCUGAAUUGAAUUCAUUUCCCGGUUUAGAAUCAGUUGUAAGUAAGCUAACCUAAACCAAUUGUUAAUUAAACCAUUUUGUAAAGUUACAUUUCCAAUACUGAUGAUUAAAUAAAUCUCAUUGAUCAAAAGAUAAAAA